AUGGCCAGUCGCGACCGCGGCUACCGCCGCGCCGGCUGCCUCUGGCUACGUCGAACAACAACGGCUGGCCGAGAGAUCGGUAGUAGUCGUUGUCCCGUGUCGACGGAAAUCGGUUUCGCCGCGUCUCGUCCGACAAUCGUACGAAAACUGUAAAAAAAGUCCGAGUCGGCUAGUGUGUUUGCGCUAAUAAGAGUUUGCGAGUUUGAGAGAAGGAAGAUAGGAGAGAGAGAGAGAGAGAGAGAGAGAGAAGUUGGAACGUUCUCCUUCUCUUUGUCGAAACCUCGCGCGUAGUUUCUCCUCCGACGUUCUCUUCACCGGUUCUCCGAGCGUAUACCCACUCUCUAUCAGAGGCAACUACCUCCUCCUCCUCCUCUUCCUCCUCCUCCUCCUCCUCUUUCUCCUUUUCCUUCUUCUGAUUCUCAAGCUCUUGUUCCUCCAGCUUCCCGCGUUGCUACUCUACCGCCACAGCCACCGUCAUCGUCACUACCACCACCACCACCACCAUCACCACCACCACCAUCACCAUCACCUCCGCCACUGUCCCAACGACCAUCUCCGACGUAGCCACCACUCUACCGGCCAUUUCCAGUCGCCUUUCCCCGCAGUACACCGCUCGUUGGCUGGCUAGUCCAACACGCAGCUACGGCCAGCAGCUCGUUCACACACUCCAACGAUCGACACGGUGGUGGAUCGAACUUCGCCGAACGGAACUUUAGUGCAGCUGCGGCGAGCAGCUGACGCGGAAUCGUCGGUAGUUGGUCGGCCGAGAGAGGUUGCGAGCGGAUUUCCAUUCGUCCGACCGAGAGUGCUCUUUUCUCUCCGUUUCGUUUAUUUCCGCGCUCCGUGAUUUUCCUGCAGAGUUGUGCUUGCGACACAGAGUGUGUUCUUGUUUUUAUUAUUGUUUGUUUGUUUGUUGUUUGUUUGUUGUUUGUCGUCGUCGUUGAGCUGCUGUAUAUCGUCGUCGCGUCUGUGACAGAGAUUCGACGAGAGGAGUAGAGUGGAGAAGAGGCAGAAGCAAACGAGAAGAGGGAGAACGUCAAGUUUGAAACAAGUCUCGAGCUUUCCCGCUCGUCAAAUGAACCAAGUCUCGAUUUAUCGCGGCCAACGGACAGUAGCCUCGUCGACGCGUCGGCGCCGAGUGUCACGGCUGCGUGACGAUACCCGGAUCGAGUGGUCGUGCUCGUGAUCGUGGUCGUGCUCGUCGUUGGUGAUUUCGUAAAGACCGUCGUGAGCGGGGGACCGGACCUCGAACGCCGAACAUGAGGAGAACGAGAAGACGGUUGUUGAUCCUAGUUCUGAGCCUGGCGUUCGUUUCGUCGAUCGGUCGUUGCGCCGCCUCCGAGAGCAUAAUAGGCAGCCGAGAAACCUGCGACAUCGAGGGAGAAGAUUUCACCGUGGACAAGAUCCCCAACACCAGAUGCUUCAACUGCUUGUGCAAGAAUGGUUUCGUCGAGUGCAGGAAGCAGCAGUGCCCCAGCAUCGAGGGUUGCUACACGUUGCUGGAGCCGCGGGAGGACGAGUGUUGCCACAGGUGUAAAGGUAAGCGAGAGAAACGACCUGAGUUCGGGUCUGAUACCUACAACUAACGGUCUAAUUUCGCG